AAGGAACUUUUGAAAUACUGAGCGCAGCAAAAGUUUACUUCUCUGCAGCAUGCCUCAGAAAGAUUACAGAAGUCAACCCAGCUGGGAGACUGGUGUUGCCUCCAUGAUGCAAAACAGUCACAGUGGAGUAAACCAGCUUGGAGGUGUGUUUGUAAAUGGAAGGCCUUUACCUGACUCUACAAGGCAGAAGAUAGUGGAGCUUGCUCAUAGUGGGGCUCGGCCAUGUGACAUAUCCAGAAUACUACAGGUGUCUAAUGGCUGUGUGAGUAAGAUCCUGGGUCGGUAUUACGAGACGGGCUCAAUCCGUCCUCGGGCCAUAGGAGGGAGUAAACCCAGGGUGGCAACUCCAGAGGUGGUGGGAAAGAUCGCUCAGUACAAAAGAGAGUGUCCAUCCAUUUUUGCCUGGGAGAUUAGAGACCGACUACUGGCAGAGGGAGUCUGCACCAAUGACAAUAUACCCAGUGUUUCAUCAAUAAAUCGAGUGCUCAGGAACUUGGCCACUGAAAAGCAUCCAAUGGGGACAGGGGCCACUGAAGGAAUGUUUGACAAACUGAAGAUACUUAAUGCACAGGGCUCCUGGGGAGGACGCUCAGGGUGGUACGCUGGGACCACAAUCCUGAACACAGACUGCCCUCAGACAGACGGAGCGGAAAACAACAUUUCAAUCAGUUCCAACGGUGACGACUCAGAUGAGACUCAGAUGAGGCUUCAGUUGAAAAGAAAGCUGCAGAGAAACAGAACAUCCUUUACACAGGACCAGAUAGAAGCACUAGAGAAAGAAUUUGAAAGGACUCACUAUCCAGAUGUUUUUGCACGUGAACGACUUGCCAAUAAAAUCGAUCUUCCUGAAGCAAGAAUUCAGGUUUGGUUUUCAAACAGACGUGCAAAGUGGAGAAGAGAGGAGAAGUUAAGGAAUCAACGUCGGCAGGUGUUGAACUCCUCCAGCCAUAUUCCCAUCAACAGCAGUUUUAGCAGCAGUGCUUACUCAUCUCCAGCUCAGCCUUCAGCACCAGUGUCCUUUUCUUCAGGAUCCAUAAUAGGAAGAUCGGAUCCGGUUCUGUCCAAUACCUACGGCCUAACAAUGCCCAGCUUCAGUAUGGCUGCCAGCCUGCCCAUGCAAGCUUCAAACCAGACCUCUUAUUCAUGCAUGCUGCCCAACAGUCCCUCUGUAAACGGCCGCAGUUAUCAGACGUAUACUCCUCCACAUAUGCAGCCACACAUCAGCAGCCAGUCAGUGACGUCCUCCACAACAUCUUCAACAGGUCUGAUUUCUCCUGGCAUCUCAGUUCCAGUCCAAGUUCCUGGAAGUGAAGCAGAAAUGUCUCAGUACUGGCCACGCCUGCAGUGACGUCAUGGCCGCCUGUGGUGGCUUCAGGAACAGGACUUUGUAAUCGUCAGCAGGAGAGAGGUCCAUCACUGUCGGACUGACUAUCAGAGCCAAGCUGCUGCAGCUGAGUGCUGAGUGCUGGCUGAAGCUCGGCAAAGGCAAAAAGACAAAAUCUCCAUUGGUUGCUUUCCAGGAAAUCCUCUGACUCCGUUUUUAAUGUUCUUAAAAACUGACAGAAUUUGGAUCCUGUUAUACAGCAGAAAAUGUUGUGUAAUAUCUGGUGGAUCAGAAAG